AUGAGGAGGGGGCCUCAGCAGCAGCAGCAGCAGGGGGAGCCGGCGGCGCCGGGGACGGGGGCGGGGGUGGUGCGCGUGGACAAGGCGUCGCCCGCGUCCAGCUUCCGCCAGCUCGACGACGCCUUCUUGCAGAAACAAACAAAAAUCUGGCUUGGCGAAGUUCUCCAUGUCAGGUUUGAUGAAGACAUUUUGGUAGCAGACCUCCUAGGUGACGGGGAAUUGCUAUUUCAAGUUUCCAAAGUGAUAUGGAAGAGGCUACUCAGAAAGAACAAAGAACAACUCAAGCAAUCAAAAGUAUAUAUUUAUGAGAGGCCAUCUUUUGGUAAAACUAACGGGAAAUAUACUCCAUAUCCAAAAGUAGACUCGUUUCUAAAGGUAUGCCAAACCCUUGGAUUAGCUGGAAUUGAUUUGUUUACCCCUUCUGAUGUGGUCGAGAAAAGAAAUGUUCGGAAAGUGUGUAUGUGCAUACGCUCACUGUCUAAAAAGGCUGGCAUGAUGCAGCUGAACGUGCCUGAUUUUGAUGUUGUAACCCACACAAUAGCCAUGCCCAACUAUAUUGUUGGAGGCAUCCGCAGAAGUCUGGAGCAGCCACAAUGCAGUUCAUCUUGUUCGAGUGGGCACAGUCCGCGUGCCAUUUCUAAAAGCAUAUUUGAAGGACAGAAUGAUGAACAAAGCGACCGACAUUAUGACUCUGAUGAAGCAGAGAGCAGUCUCUUUGUGCUAGGGCCUCAGGAUUCUCUUGAUGACGACAAACUUUCCGAGCUUUUGCAGUUGGGCGAUGCCCCCAAGGAAGAAAGAGAAGGCUAUGGAGACAGUGGGCAUGAAAUGCCCGAGGAGAAGUCGCUAGCCGAAUCAGCGGGAUCACUUGAAGCUGGUGUUAUGGAUGCUGAUACUAGGAAUUCGACUCCUUUUCAUGAGAACCUACUCUCACCAACAGAUCGGUGUUCAACAACUAGAACAAAUAAAUGUUCACUAAGUUCAGAAGAAUCAGACUCCAUAAACAGUUAUUUAGCUUCCGACAGUUGCAAGAAUGAUUUGGACGGUCCUCCUGUCAAAGUGUCCGAAAGGAUUCAUGAUGGACACGUCGAACCUUCACAUGAUUCUGUUCAGGGAAAUGGGAAAAUAUUCACUGACCAUCCAGAAAAAGAUGACAGCGCAAGCCAAGAGCUGAAACAUGAAUUCAGCACUAAGGAUCACAUGGACGCUUGCAAAUCUGACGAACCGGGAACAACUGAAAGCAACAGCAAUGCUCAGGGGACCGGGAACAAUGCUCCCAAAUCAGGGAAAGGGGUGCUGAAGUCAGUUGCUGGAGGGAUCACGCUCAUCGGCGCCGUGUUCUUAGUAGCUCAUCUCAGGAGGAGCAAGGGGAUAAGCUUUACAACUAUUUUGCCUUCACUUUCUGAGAAAUCAAUUCAGAGCGACUCGAGGGCGAACAAUGUGGACAACGGAAAGACAACCGAGGUGUAUCCAGGCGGCUGGCUCAAGGUUUGA